CCCAAAAUAAGGGUAAGGGAGUCUCUAUCUCUCAUGGAAGACUAAACCCACACUCAAACCCCAUAAAUUUUUCACAAUUUCAUUCUUUAACCCCUCUUUUCAUAUCAGAUCAUUCAUCGAUCCAUGAUUAUUGAUUAAUGGGUUUCUCUUUGAUUUUGAUCUUCAUUCUUGUUUCAUGCAUCUUCUUCGAUCUUCUAUCUCCGACAUGUGGAUACGAUUCACUGGAUCCCAAUGCCAACAUCACCAUCAAAUGGGAUCUCCGGCAGCAGAAUGACGGAACACAGGAUAUACUAGUUUCAAUCUACAAUUACCAAUUAUAUCGUCACAUAGAGCCUCCCGGAUGGAAGCUUAGUUGGAAAUGGAGUGGCAAAGAAGUAAUUUGGGACAUGAGGGGAGCAGAGGCAACCGAGCAAGGAAACUGUUCCGAAUAUUUGGGUAAACCACAACUCCCACAUAGUUGCGAAAGGGAGCCGGUGAUUGUUGACCUUUUGCCCGGGACUCCUUACAAUAUGCAAGUUCAAAAUUGUUGCAAGGGAGGGGUAUUAUCGUCAUUUACUCAAGAACCCGCAAAUUCUAUGGCCGCGUUUCAAAUGAACGUUGGCUCAAUCGAGACGAUGCCGUAUGACUUUAAGAUCGGCCUCCCAGGGUACACUUGUGGGAACGCUACGAAGGUGCCACCAACAAAGUUUGUUAUCGAUCAUGGGCGUAGACAAACACAAGCUCUUGGGACAUGGAAUAUAACGUGUACAUAUUCGCCCUUUCUUGCAUCAUCGACCCCAAAAUGUUGUGUUUCUCUAUCUUCUUUCUAUAGCGAGACGAUGGUGCCUUGUCCGAUUUGCAGUUGCGCAUGUCAAGGCGAACCUGGAUCGAAUUGUGUGAGGCAUGGUCAAUUACAUACGGUGUCACGGCUACCUCACAAUGAACAAGCGCCACCAAUGGUACAAUGUUCGACACAUAUGUGUCCGAUAAGGGUGCAUUGGCAUGUAAAGUUAAGUUACAAAGAAUAUUGGCGAGUAAAGAUCACGAUAAACAACCUUAAUGUCGUCAAAAACUACAGUCAAUGGAAUUUGGUCGUGUUACAUCCGAAUCUACAAAGUUUAGCACAAGUUUUCAGUUUCUACUACAAACCACUCAAUCAAUACGGUAGUAUAAACGAUUCAGGGGUAUUUUAUGGAAUUGAGCAUUACAAUGACAUGUUACUUCAAUCGGGUGAUGGAGGAAACGUUCAAACAGAGAUGUUGUUACACAAAGAUCCUGGGAUCUUUACCUUUAAAGGAGGAUGGGUGUUCCCUAGAAAAGUUAUCUUUAAUGGUGAUGAAUGUGUGAUGCCUUCACCAUUUGAGUACCCGAUGCUUCCAAACAGUAGUCGAUUUUUUGGACCUUCGAAGUUAUGCCUUGUAAUUUUAUUGGUUUUAGUUAGUUUGAUAUUAUGAAUAUUUGGAAGAUAGUUUAUAUUUAUUUAGGUCUUGGUUAGGGUCAUUGGGGUCAAGGAUGAUUCAGUGCGAUUUUAGGACGUUUAAAAAUGUUAGGGCUGAUUUUGAGGUUAUUUGAGUAAGUUAAUUUUAUUUAAACGAGAUAGAAGUGGAU